AGAGCAAAGUUAACAUCGUUAACUUGUUAGUGCACAUGCUUUUUAUUUGCAGAAGUUAUCGAUAUGAAUGUAUACAUACACUGCUUUUAUUACACGGAGAGUAGAAAAAAAUCCUCAAAUGAGGACAAGUAUUAGGGAAAACGCUCUCCGAAUAAAUGAGGAUCCAUCCAUCCAUCAAAAAUCGAUUCAUCAUUUCUGAUUGUAUUCAAAUUCACAAAGUCCACUAAUUUUUCUCUCACCCCUGGCAAAAUGAAAGCAACUUGGGUCAAACAACAUUCGUCGUUCCUGUUCUCCAGUUAUCGUUAUCGUUAUCGUGCUAAAAUUAAUUGCCAAUAUUUCUUGAAUCCAAAAUUCUUCGCAAUUAGGACGUUUCUUUGCACAAAAUGGGGAAACUGUUCCUGUUUCCCAUCAUCAUUCUCAUCAUUCGUGUAGGUGUACAAGUUUUUGCUGAAAUCACAAUUGUGCAUGUAACGAGUGGUCAGACGGCCGUGAAGCUGUCCUGCCCUGUCACUCAACCAGAGCCAGAUAAGUCUUUCACUUCCGUCCUCUGGCUGCCGGAUGAUGAUAACGAAAAUGUGAUUGGGGCCGGCGCAGAGUAUGAUCACAACAAGUAUCGCUAUUUGGCUUCCACUGGUCAACUGCUUUUUAAGGAGGAAAUUACGCCUCAAGAUGAAGGAGUAUAUCGCUGCGUGUUACGAUCUGGAUCAUACGUGGGAUCCGCUUCAGUACAAGUUUGGGUCAAGAGAACGUACGCAAACUUUUUAGAACGAGAGCUGCAGACAAAUCUGAUUCGCGGUGCGGUAGCAGCCGGACUUGUUUGUGGCACCCUCGUAGUCACUUGUCUCGUUUAUGCUUUUCGACAUCAAGGAUCGACGUCGGGAAGAACCAUGGGACAACGCUCUGGUGCUUACAAUCUCUCUCCUCCGCCUCCCCUCACGAUGAUGGGAAGCAGUGUCACGCCAGGAAGUAGCAGUAACACUACGAAAACCACGAAAACCACACCCUCCUCGGAACAGGAAACAGUCGCACUAGCAACGCGGAUGGAAGAACUCAUUUUGGAUCCUGUGACUCUGCCCAACAAUCACUUCGUAAUCUCGACAAGGAAACAAUCCGCUGCUGACGAUUCUGAUGGGGACAUUUCCUUCCUCAGCAGUUUACCUGGUGGUGGUGACAAGGUGCCCAUCGCAUCACCCGAGUCUACCGGAAGUACGAUUUCUAUCCGGGUGAAUGGCACACCACCCGAGGACGCACAAGGGGUCAAAGUCAAGACAUUGAAACCAGGAUCCACCAUUAUCUACAUUACGGCUUCUGAAGACUAGAUAAGAACUCGUGAUGAACUAGUAAUGAACAAAAUUGAAUAAAAAAACUACAUCCUGUUCAAGUACGAUUA